AUGGUACCUACGGCUGACGGGGGUGCCAUCAUCUCCCAAAUAUCAUCUUCAUCCCCAGGUUGGCAGGGUCGCCCUCUGCCGCCCCUAGCGGCGCUCUCCCGCCAGAGCAGCCUCCAGCUCCGCCUGGAGAGCGAGCGAGCAGCAGCCAGAGCGCGAGAGCCGAGGCGCAGCGGCGGCAGCGGCGUUUGGAUAGGGCAGGGGGGGACCUCACUUUCCCUCUGCUCCUGCUCUUUCCCUCUGCUCCUGCUCUGCCCCACUUCAGAGGCCCCUGAUGGGCGGGCCCUGGGAGACCCCCUCCCGGCUGCCUCCUUAGGGGACCCCCCACCCAGCCCGGGUGGGGGGCGGGCGCAGGGGUUGCGCGCCCCUGCGCCUUGCGCGCCCUGCCCUAUGGAGAGGCGCCGGGCGCUUUGCUGCUGGUGGUGCCUGUCGCUCCUGCUAGCGGGGCAGCCGGCGGCCCGGGGGCACCCGCAGCCGUGCCACAUCCUGGCACGGAUCGGGCACACUGUGCGCCUGGGCGCCCUGCUUCCCCGCGCAGGGGAAGCCGAAAGCCGGGCGCGCAACGCCCUAGCCCGCGCCAGCCGCACAGCAACCUCCGCGCUGCCCUACAACCUCAGCCUCGAGGUGGUCCCCGGGGCGCCCCGUCAGAGGGACCCGGCCUCGCUGGCCCGCUGGCUGUGCCAGGCGCUGGUGGUGCGCGGAGUGGCCGCCGUGCUCGCCUUCCCCGCGUCCCGCAGGGAGCUGCUCCAGUUGGACUUCGCCGCCGCCUUCCUCGAGAUCCCCUUCAACCCCUUCCACCUUCACAUGGACCGGAGCAACGACUUCGAGACGCUCCUGGAGCUGCUGGCUAACAUAUUCCGCUCCAACAAAUGGCACGAGGUCACCCUGGUGCUGUGCCGGGCGUGGGACGUCCCUGCCUUUGUGGACCUGUGGAGCAGCUACGCCGAGCUGGAGAGGACGGCUGUGGUGGACCUGAGCUUCCUCGAGGAGACGGAGGCCGCCCGCCUCCUGCGACGCCACUUGGAGGAGUACAGGGAACUUCCGGGCCCCGCUGUGCUCUUUGGCUGCGACGCCCGUCACUCCCAGCUGGUCUUCCGGACAGCCAGGGACCUAGGGGUGCUCCAGGAGUUCCACUGGGUGCUGGGGCAGCCCCAGAAUGUGGACGAGCUCCAGACGGAAGGGCUGCCCCUGGGCCUCUUAGCCUAUGGGGAGGUGGACAGGCCAUCCCUGGAGAAGUUCGUCCACGAUGCAGUGGAGCUGGUUUCGAGGGCCAUCUCGAAGGCCGUUUACGUCCGCCCGGACCUCGCCCUCAUCCAGAGCAUGGUGAACUGCAACGACAAGCACACCGUCGCCUCCGAGUCCUCGGGACGCUACCUCUCCCAGUUUUUAGCCAACACGUCCUUCCGCGGCCAGACAGGGGAGAUCUUCGUGCACAACACGUCCCGCGUCCACACAGAUCGCCACUACAAAGUCUGGAGCCUCCUGAGGGACUCUGUGGGGCAGCCCACGUGGGUGACGGUGGGGACCUGGAAAGGGGGCGAGAUGGAGCUGGAGGAGGGGACAUGGCCCCAGCACCUGCAGCGCAGGAAGCAAGCAGAGGGUUUUUGCCGCAUGAAACUGCGUGUGGUGACCUUGGUAGAGCACCCUUUCGUCUUCACGAGAGAGGUGGAUGAAGAAGGCAACUGUCCUGCUGGCCAGCUGUGCCUGGACCCCCGAACCAACGACUCUGCCGUGCUGGACACCCUCUUUGACGAGCUCAACUCCGAGAACGGCUCGGUCCCCGCCGAGUACCGGAAAUGCUGCUACGGCUACUGCAUUGACCUCCUGGAGAAGUUGGCCGAGGACCUCCCCUUUGACUUUGACCUCUACAUCGUGGGGGACGGGAAGUACGGGGCCUGGAAGAACGGCCGCUGGACAGGGCUGGUGGGGGACCUCCUGAGCGGGACGGCCCACAUGGCAGUGACGUCCUUCAGCAUCAACUCGGCCCGCAGCCAAGUGAUUGACUUCACCAGCCCCUUCUUCUCCACCAGCCUGGGCAUCCUGGUGAGGAUCCGGGACACGGCGUCUCCCAUCGGGGCCUUCAUGUGGCCGCUGCAUUGGACGAUGUGGGUGGGCAUCUUUGUGGCUCUCCACUUGACCGCCCUGUUCCUCACCCUCUACGAGUGGAAGAGCCCCUACGGGAUGACCCCCCACGGGCGCAACCGCAUGAAGAUCUUCUCCUACUCCUCGGCGCUCAACCUCUGCUACGCCAUCCUCUUUGGGCGAACCGUCUCCAGCAAGACUCCCAAGUGUUGGACCGGGCGCUUCCUGAUGAACCUCUGGGCCAUCUUCUGCCUCUUGGUCCUUUCCAGCUACACCGCCAACCUGGCCGCCGUGAUGGUGGGAGAGAAGACCUUCGAGGAGCUGUCUGGGAUUCACGACCCCAAGCUGCACCAUCCGUCACAAGGAUUCCGAUUUGGGACUGUCUGGGAGAGCAGCGCGGAGGAAUAUAUCAAGAAGAGUUUCCCAGACAUGCAUGAAUACAUGCGGCGGCUGAGUGUCCCUACGACCCCUGCGGGCAUCAAAAUGCUCAAGACCAACCCUCCGAAGCUGAAUGCCUUCAUCAUGGACAAAUCUCUGCUGGAUUACGAGGUGUCCAUCGACUCCGACUGCAAGCUCCUCACCGUCGGGAAGCCCUUUGCGAUCGAAGGCUACGGGAUCGGCCUUCCUCAGAACUCGCCCCUGACCUCCAACAUCUCGGAGUUCAUCAGCCGCUAUAAAUCGUCCGGCUUCAUGGACCUCCUCCACGACAAAUGGUACAAGAUGGUCCCCUGUGGAAAGCGGGUCUUCGCCGUCACCGAGACCCUGCAGAUGGGCAUCUAUCACUUUUCGGGGCUCUUUGUCCUACUAUGCAUCGGUCUCUGUGGCUCUCUGCUGACUUCCCUCGGAGAGCACAUUUUCUACCGCCUCAUCUUGCCUCGCAUCAAACGCAAGAAGAAGUUCAACUACUGGCUCCACACCAGCCAGAAAAUCCACCGGGCGCUGAACAUGGGUUUGGAGGAGCAGAGGAACAAAAAGCUGAAUUUGGAGAAAAGGUGCAACAUCCAAAAGAGCCAAGAGGAACCAGAGGUCCCUCCGCCACCGCCCUCCAACCAGCCAGGUUGGAACAACCUCCGCCGGGCAGCCGUGAAGAAGGAGGACAAACGCGUCCACUUCAACAUCGAGAACGCCCCGGACGAGGCUUCGGAUGAUGAGCGAGAGGCCCCCGUCUGGCACUGCAUGAACGGCCAAGAUCCGCAGCAGGGCAGCAAGGAGGCCAAAGAGAAGGAGCUGAAGGAGCUGGAGAGCAAAAUCGAGGACAUGCGCGAGCAGCUGCGGGCUGCCCUGGUGCGCAAGAGUGAGCUGAUGGUGGCGCUGGGGCCACCACCCAAGGCGCCCCGCCUGCCCCCCGCCCUCAAGGCCUUGAUCAAGGAGAGCAACGAGGACAGGUGA